AUAAAGUAGAAAUAGACGUGAAAAGGAGUGACUGAGAGUAGUCUGAAUUGAGUUUCAGCGUCGGCAGGACACUGCUGCAUCAAUCGCACUCAAGUAGCUUGUCGUGGUGCAUUCUUGAGCGAUUACAGGUAAGUAUCAAUGAUCCGACAGAUCACAUCUUUUACUAUAGCCCUGUAUCGCUGUCAAUUCCACACUUCUUAUUUCGACCCCCAUCACGGGGAGAAAGCGACAUUUGUCUCAGACCUUCCCGGGAAGGACAACUUCCUUAGAUGCACUUCAGCCACAACUGCACAAGGCUCUCAGCUUUUUUUAAUACCACGAUAUUUUCUGGAAAACUCUGCUUAUGGGAAAGCCGCUAACAAUGAAAAUUGAUUUUCGCAAAAGAAGUCGCAAACUAGCAAUGCGAGCAGAACAACAGCUGGGUUGUCCUGGAUAUAAACGCCUGGCUGACAUCUUUUUCGUAAAUUAAAUUACCUAAACUACAAUUUUUGUUAAUACUACUAAGACUAACUGCAUAAAUAGAUAUAAAAAUAAAUAAAUGAAAUAAAAUGAAAAUCUACAAUAGAAUAUAAUAGAAUUAUUAAACAAAAAAAACAUAAAUAAAAAAACUAAAAAAAAACAAGAAAAAAACUACGAACCUUCAAUAAGGGUCGAACCUUCGCACAUUUUUUUUGGAACUGAAUUUUGUCCACCAUGCUGCAACAUUAUUCUUAGUCAUAAUUGUGCCCUAAAUUUUGAUUGUCGAUGUUCACACCGUUGGGAUAAGACCGUUCAAUAGAGUUGAAACUUGGAAAACAAAGCUCCUGAAUCUUAGUUUUCAGAGCAAUAUAGAACGAAAUGUUUACAUCUGAAUUAUCUCUCCUUUGCAGCCAUGCAAAGUUAGAACGAGACAAAGGAAGACUGGCAUUAACAGCCGAGUUAACGACGUUAAAGAAACAGAAGACCACAACUUUACACAGUUUCGAAGAAAAACUUAUUAAUUUCUUGACAAAUGAAGCAGAGCAUGCGCAGUGGGAACAGGUAUUUGGAUACUUACAAGCCUGUAAAGUGCUAUUAGAAAGUGAAAUGUAUUCUUCUGAAUACACGUCGAAACUUCUUUAUUUGGGAUUGAAAUUUUUGGAGCAUGAUGAAUUUCGUGUUCGAAUUUUAUCAGGAGAGGUAUUAGGUGCAUUGUGCCAUCUUGUGGAUUCGAAUAUAUACAAAGAAUGUGAGAGCGUACUUAUCGAAAGUAUUCGAAAGAAUUUGACACGUGACAUGCCAUCUGAUUCGCCAAAAGGUCAGCGAGACGCAAAAGAUAUAUUUCACGACACAGCUGGAUGGAAAUGUUUGGAAACAAGCAUGAAGGGAUUGCAAUGUGCUAUCGAAGGAUGUGGAGAAGCGUUCAUUCAGUUUAUCAACUUGCAAUUGUUGGAUCUAAUAUUCGACACUCUCCACCACACGAAUCGUUUCGUCAGGGAGACUGGAUACUACCUUUGUGCGUCUCUUGCUCGGUAUGGCGUUACAUCCAAAGAAAAAGCGAACAAAAAUAUUGCAGAUAAGCUUGUGGUGCAUUUACAUGCAGGUUUAUCUGACAACUGGAGUCAAGUCCGACUUGCUGCAUCGGUUGCUACGCGUCAGUUUUUUCAGGACCUUAGCGACGACGACAAAAAGGUUCAUUUUAAAAUCCUACUUCCACCAAUGUGCUUGAAUCGAUACUAUUUAGCAGAGGGCGUAAAGCUCUACAACCAAGAAACAUGGCGGAUGGUGCUAGGAACAGAAGGAAAAAAAUACGUAGAGACUUACAUUGAACAGAUUGUAGAAUUUUACAUACAGCAAACGGAGAGUGACAAUCAUGCGGUCAGAGAAGCUGCUUGUCAUUGUAUGGCGGAAUUAGGCUCGAAAAUCAAUCAAGAGGCUACGCGUCCGUUUGUUCCUCGAAUUUUGGACGCACUUCAUGUCUGCUUCAAAGAUGAGAGCUGGCCUGUUCGUGACACUGCCUGUGUUGCUUGUGGCAAUUUUAUUGCUGCGUUUCCUGAAGAGAGCAAGCCACUCCUAGAUGUCCUAUAUCCGUUAUUUUUCACAAACUUGCAAGACCCAAUUCCAUCUGUCCGGCAGGGUGCCGCUGUAGCGCUUACCAACGUUGCGAAAGCCUACGGUGAAGACGCUGUCAGUGAGAUAUUUGGGAAAGUUACGAUCGGUAUAAAGUCAAUCGAAACGCAAAGUGCUAAUUCUGAAAGGUACGAAGGUUUGGAAAAAGGCGUUGCAACUUAUGGAGUAAUCAAACAGAUGCGAGAUAACGAUUAUGAUUUGCAUUCCAACCAGCAAAUGUACUCCUGUGGUUCACUUGCUCCCAAAAUGAACCGUGGUGGUUGUAUGGAUCAUUGCUUUAAGCGUGCUUCUGAGCCAUGGGAAGUAGCUGACGGUUGCGUUUAUUUAGUCAGUGAGAUGGCGAGUUAUCCGAAAGCUCAUACUAACGUGCAAAGCUGUGUGAAGUUAAUAGCAGAAGCAACUCGUUUCAAGCAUUAUACACACUAUUUGCAUUUCUAUGAAACUGUUAAUAAAAUCAUUCCAGUUAUCGCGAAGGGAUUGGGAAAACGUGUAUUCAAACAGUACGUUGAAAGCUUCUUCGAGAUGAUAUUUUUUUCACUCACUUGUGAAAACGCACUCACGAGGACUGCUGCGGAGGAGUGCUUGCGAGAUUUAAGUCAAGCACUUGGUCCUAACAUUUUAAAAGGUCGAGUAGAGCAGUACAACCCAUCAUAUGUUCGCAAUUUAGAAGAUGCGUUGAAAGAAACCAGUCCUCAUAUGAGGUUUGGUGGGAUGUAGAAACAACCUUUGUGAUAAGCUUUUAUUUUCGCUAAAUUGGAUUUUUAUAUUUUAAAACAAGUUGUUUUAAGUCUUAGUAUAGUAUCUGCCUGAUGUUUCGGAGAAAGACAUCAUAAUAAAUUAUGAUAUUUACGUAUACUAGUCGUUAACCUGUGGUAAAAAAACCACAAGUUCACCGGUCCUCAGAUUUUCACCCAUCGUAUAUACUUUCUGUAUCGGUAUUUCGUGGAAAUCCGAAGUCACUGUCUUGUUAUUGAAAACUUAAGGGGCCUGGUGCGAGUUAAUUAGCGCUAUUCUGAGAGUGGUUUUAAUGGUUUCCAUAUUUCUCCGUCACUUACCUACUGCUGUUUAGGAUCCAAUUUAAAUCUAAAAAAAGUUUCUUAUGAAAAAACUGUGACGACUAGUACGUGUAUGAUAUCAUAAUUUAUUCAGAAUAAUUAUCUCAUCAUCUUAAUUAUGAAUAUUUCCAAACGAAAGGCCUAUUCAAAAAUAUUGAUACCAAUUGACUAAUUCAUAAAUUCGAUUUUGUUACCGCUAAUACUGAUUUGAUGUUUCUUGUGAAAUUUCUUUGGUUUAUAUUUGUGUAUUCUUUCUUAAGAAGCGUCCGUAUGGCACUUGUUCAGAACAGAUAUUUGCAAAACGAUCUUGUUCUCAAGUUUUUCCCAUAUUCAUCAAAAAUAAGGCGAAUAAAUUUUAACAUGGAGAAAUUUUAGGGAAGUUGGCGAAUAUUUUUACACGCACAACACUAAUUUUAAAGUAUUCGCCAACGCUGAAUAAAAAAACAACGUGUCCAAUGGGAAAUUUUUGAUUCUCCAAACCUCCAAAUUUAAAGCACGCCAACUUUCCCCUUCUCAAGGUAUUAUUUUCGCGAAAAUUAACUACUGAUUAUUAUAAAAAAAAUUAUACUUUGAGUGACAGAAUUUUUACGAUUGACUUGACACGCAAGUUAAUAUAUUAAAAAAAAUAGUUUAUAUAAAAAGUAGCUAAUAUUUUAUGUUUCUCCACGAAUAAUCAGGAGGUCUUGAAUUUGUCGAAGGUCUACCUGGCUCUCCAACGUAGGUACUUUUGUACAUCGUGCGUAAAUGUUGGGGCGUGGAUGCAGCUGAAAAAAUAAAAGUCUAUAUACAUGAGUUUGUUUUGACAACUGAGAAACAUUUGUAUUCCCAAUUUUCAAAUGACGAUUUGUUUUAUAUUUUUUUGAAAUACCUACUCUCUAUACA